AUAAACAUACUACUGACUUUAACAACUAAUAUCGCCCUAGCAUCACUACUCGUAAUAAUCGCAUUCUGACUCCCUCAACUAAACAUCUACGCGGAUAAGGCGAGCCCGUACGAAUGCGGUUUUGACCCUAUGGGGUCCGCUCGCCUGCCUUUCUCCAUAAAAUUUUUCCUGGUCGCUAUUACAUUCCUGCUUUUUGACUUAGAAAUCGCACUGCUACUCCCACUCCCCUGAGCAUCACAAACUAAUAAACUAACAACAAUACUCAUCAUAGCACUACUCUUAAUUUCCCUCUUAGCUGCAAGCCUAGCAUACGAAUGAACCGAAAAAGGACUAGAAUGAGCUGAAUA